AUGGCCACCACAGCUGUGUUGCUGGGUCGCGCCAUUGCCGCGGCCCCGAGGACAUGCUCCUCCCCAGCUUCCUCUUCCACCUGUGCCAUCCGCGGAGCCCGCUUUACACUACUUGCUCUGCAACGACCUGUUUCUCCGCGCAUUAUCAACAGCAAUCUUUUGCUGCUCCGGUCUUUUUCUGUUUCUGCAGCAUGCCGGGAGGCACCUAACGAUAACAACAACAAUAAUAAUAACAAUUCCUCCAAUACAAACGAAAACGACGACGAUUUGUCCAGCCGUAAGCGGCGUUUGGCUCGUAUGCGCCGGCGUCUUUCUGCAGGCAAGAACGGGUUGCCCAAUAUUAGCGACAGCACACGGGAUAAACUUAACCGGGCCAAGUGGAUAAAUGUAACUGGCAACAACAGUGAGUCGAAAAGUAGUGACGAGCAAUUGAAGAGCGACAGCGAAGGCGAAAAAGAUGCAGAUCACCUGGGCAAGCAACCCGAGUGGUACCGUGCCGAAAAACCUUCUGAAACAGAUACCCAGAAGUCCAGCAGUAGCAGUAGUAACGACAAGAAUAAUAAGGAAUCCUCGAAAAAAGACGAUGACGCUGACAAAAAUAACGACAAGGAUAAAGACUCUAAACAAAAGAAUGGGAAGCCUAUGCCCCCGGGCUUUGAUUUUAACUCGCAAAACUUCCGUGUCUUUGAAAUCAAAAUCACCCCUAUGCACAUGCUUAUUUUCUUCAUUCUCACCUCUUUCUUCUUCACCCUCAUGAGCCAGGGCGGCAUGAGCAAUAGCGAGAUCAGUUGGCAGGAGUUUAAGAAUGAAUACCUUGAUAAGGGAUCUGUCCGCAAGCUGACUGUCGUCAACAAGUCUACCGUUUAUGUUACCACCUCUUUUGGCUCCACUGUCUUCUUCACAAUUGGUUCUGUCGACACGUUUGAGAAGCGCAUGGACGAGGCUCAGACCAAUGUCCCUGCAAAUGAGCGUAUUCCAAUCUCUUACAUUGAACAAGGCUCUUUCCUCGGUGCUCUCUUUGGUUUCCUUCCUACUUUGCUUCUUCUCGGUGCUCUCUUCUGGAUGACUAGACGUCCCAGCGGUGGUUCUGGUGGUGGUGGUCUUGGUGGCGGUAUUUUUGGCAUGGGCCAAAGCCGUGCUAAGCUCUACAACAAGGCUACCGAUGUUAACGUCAAGUUCGCUGAUGUUGCUGGAAUGGAAGAGGCUAAGGAAGAAAUUAUGGAGUUUGUCAAGUUCCUUAAGGAGCCUGCCAAAUACGAGGAACUCGGUGCUAAGAUUCCCCGUGGUGCCAUUCUUUCUGGUCCCCCUGGUACCGGUAAGACUUUGCUUGCCAAGGCCACUGCUGGUGAAGCUGGUGUCCCCUUCUUCUCUGUUUCUGGUUCUGAGUUUAUUGAAAUGUUUGCUGGUGUUGGUGCUUCCCGUGUCCGCGACUUGUUCAAGGCUGCUCGUGCUAAGGCCCCCAGUAUCAUUUUCAUUGACGAAAUUGAUGCCAUUGGUAAGGCACGUAACAAGAGCUUUGUUUCUGGUGGUCACGAUGAGCGUGAAGCUACUUUAAAUCAGCUUCUUGUUGAGAUGGAUGGUUUUGAGAGCUCCGAUCACGUUGUUGUUCUUGCUGGUACUAAUCGUGCCGAUGUCCUCGACCCUGCUCUUUUGCGUCCUGGCCGUUUUGAUCGUCACAUUACCAUUGACAGACCCGACAUUGAAGGCCGUAUCUCCAUCUACAAGGUUCACUUGAAGAAGAUUCUCUACAACACUGAAAUUCCUGAGCUUGCAGGUAAGCUUGCUGCCAUGACUCCUGGAUUUUCUGGUGCCGAUAUUGCCAACGUUGUUAAUGAAGCUGCUCUCAUUGCUGCUCGCCAAGAAGCUCCUAUUGUUGAACUGAAACAUUUUGAGCAAGCCAUUGAGCGUGUCAUUGCUGGUUUGGAAAAGAAAUCGCGCGUUCUUGUUCCUGAAAAGAAGAAGAUCGUUGCUUACCACGAGGCCGGUCACGCUAUCUGCGGUUGGUACCUCAAGUACGCCGAUCCUCUUGUUAAGGUUUCUAUUAUACCCCGUGGCUCUGCUGCCUUGGGUUAUGCACAAUACCUUCCUCCUGAUCAAUAUCUCAUUUCUGAGGAGCAGUUCAGGGACAAGAUGACCAUGUCUCUUGGUGGCCGUGUUUCCGAGGAGAUUAACUUUCCCAGUGUCACUCUCGGUGGCAGUGAUGAUUUUAAGAAGGUGACUCAGAUGGCUAAGGCCAUGGUCACACAGCUUGGUAUGUCCGACAAGGUCGGACAAGUUUACUACGAGCAAAAUCAAGAGUCCAUUACCAAGCCCUACAGUGAGCACACUGGUGAGCUGAUUGACAGCGAAAUUAGACGCAUUGUCAAUGAAGCCCAUGAGCGGUGCCACAAGCUUCUCACUGAGAAGAAGAAGGAGGUUGAAAUUGUGGCGGAGGAGCUCCUCAAGAAGGAGGUUAUUUCCCGUGAGGACAUGAUUCGUCUUCUCGGACCUAGACCUUUCCCAGAGCGCAACGACGCCUUUGACAAGUACUUGUCGCAGACACCACAAAAGCACGACGAUGACGGAUCGUCUCCUGCGCCUGCUGCGUCGGCAUAG